CGGCGAGAAUGGCACCGCCGAUGCCGUCGAGCCAGCUACCGUUGCCCCUUCCCACCAACUUUUUCCACACCAAGGCUCUGGAUGCACGGUCCCAGCAGUCCCUGCUCCACACAGCCCAGUCGUGCGGGGCCCACCUCCUCCGUAACGCGCACGCAAUGGACGACCACCUCGUGUACGCGAUGCACACGGACCCGGCGUCCCAUCGCCGCAUGAAGAUGGUUCUCGGCAAAGACACGUUGGAUCUGUCUCUCACGUGUAUGAUCGGCCACACGCAGUUCCAUGCGUCGCUCGAGGACGUGGCGGCGUUCUUUCGAAGCGACUCGCUCGGCUGCGCCGCCAACGACGGGCUCGAGCUCGACUCGCGCCAUCUGUACACACUGGCCGCGCCAACGAAAGACGACCCGUUGCGAUACACUGGCGUGCACUGGACAGCGUACAAGAUGCCGCCGCCAUCGACCUCCCCUCGCGACUACUGCUACCUCGAGGGCCACAGCGAGUUCACAGACCCCAAGACAUCCCGUCGCGGGUGGUUCCGCGUGCUUCAGUCCGUCGACGUCGCUGCGUGUCCGUCGUUGCUGGCGCCGUGCGGCAUCCUCCGGUCCCACUGGUUCCGGUCGGGGCAUGUGUUCAUGGAAAGUGGGCGCCAUGGCUUGUUGGACUGUUAUGCGGUACUCGCAGUAGCUCCUGGCGACCACAACCAGCACCACGGCAUGAGUUUCAUGCGCAAAUGGAUCACCCAGGUCAUGGCCGUCCCCAAUGCGUUCCUCACCCGGCGGCUCGCGACGGCGCCGCUCCUUCCCGACGACGCGCUACGACCCAAGGACUCGGUCAAGAUGUGCAUGGUGUGCACCAGUCGGUUCAACCUGUUCAACUCCAAGCACCACUGCCGUCUAUGCGGUCAAGUUGUGUGCGGCAACUGCCACCUUUCGUGGAAAGUGCGCAACACCAAGGUUCGCAUGUGCGUGCAGUGCACCGAUCGUGGCGGGGUAACUUCGUUUCGAGACUCGUGCUCGAUGACAUGGACCAGCAGCUUGGACGACCCGCGCCGCCGCGGUGGUCCUUCUUCUAACCAACACUCGAGCCUGAACCAACGCGAGAGUUUUGCGUCGUCGGCGGACGCGACGGCUACGUCCAGCUGCUCGGACGAUCAGCACCUAGUUCUGGGUGACCUAGACUGCCUCGGCAGCUUCACAGUCGAAGGAGCCAAACAACUCAACUACGACCACUUGUUUGACUUUUCUGUGCUAUUGCACACACACCCGUUGAACGACACGACCACCACCAACCAAGUGAAUGCCGCCGCCGCCCACCCCCCUUUUCGCCUCAAACCAACCGCGCUUUACCCAUCCAAUGUGGCUACAGCUACGGCUACAACGGCGGCGGCUACAAUGACGGCAGCGGCUACACUUUUCUACCCAUCCGAUAGGUCUACGGCUACUAGGGGGGCUACAGCUACGGCUACAACGACGGCGGCGGCUACACUUUUCUACCCAUCCGAUGGGGCUACAGCUACAAGGGUUGCUACAACUUCGGCUGCAACUGAGGGUAUAGCUACGAGGAUGGCUACGGCUACACCUGCCACGAAUGUCAAGCCCACUACCACACUGUACGACGCGACCAUGCUGCAGCCAUUAUCGGUAGCCAAAAAAUGCGACACUGUGAAAGCAGCCCCGACACUGGACAUGGCGACGUACUCGGAAUCUGUCGUCAACGUUCAGGCGUUGCUCCACUCAAAGCGCACAGACGGGUGUAGUACUAGUAGUACUAGUACUAGUUCUACUCCUUGUGCGCCACCCACCACCCACAGCGCGACAUUGUUGCACGAACUGCUGGAACAAAUGUACGACGGCAAGAGCGCGAUCGUCCAAGGACUGUACAGAGACCUUGUAGCGCAGACUAGUAGUACCACCACCCCAUCAUAG